AUGAACAGUUUUGAUUACCUGCCGUUCUUCAACGAAGAGCUCGUUCCGAAGCUUCUGGAAGACGUCUUAGAUUGGGCACUGAUACAUGGAUUAUCGUUCCGUCGCAAAGGUUCGCCAUGUAAAUAUUCACUGACAGCUGCCCCCUUUACUCUGUUGCCGUCGAAGUUUCCUGCUGACGUCUUCUUCGACAUGCUCUCCUUGCAGCCGGACAUGGGCUCACUUUACCGCCGAAUCGCUUAUGAUUUCGAUUUUGUAAAAUCGGCUUUACAAGGCGUAGGCACCGUCGAUAAAUUCGUCGAGAAUUUGUUGAACAUUUACAAAACGGUCGAAAAAGAGGGUAUAACUCAGCCUCUGUCACUUGACGUUCAACGGUCCGAUUACAUGUGUAGCCUAAACCAGGAGACGCAUAAAGCCUCUGCGAAACAGAUCGAGGUGAACAACAUUGCGGUGAGUUUCGCCGGUUUGGCGUCGGUAUGCUCGCAGUUGCAUAAGUGGCUUUUGAGAUUGCUGAUGUGCGGGAACACUGGCGUCGUCGAAACAAAUCUGCCGGCGAACGAUUCGCUCCAAACCGUUGCUGCCGCUCUUGUUGAAGCGUGGAAAUUAUAUGGUCAACAGCAGGCAGCAAUUCUGUUUGUAGUGGAAGAGGUGACUUUGAAUGUCUCGGACCAGCGGCUUAUCGAAUAUGCAGUGUCUGACUUGACUGGUGGUAAAGUUCGUGUUCUGCGUUUGACUCUCGGUGACUGCUAUCGGCGAUUGAAAUUGGACGAAAGUCGCGGUCGAGCGUUGGUACUAACUGACGAUGACAACUGCGAAAUCGCUGUCGCCUAUUUUCGUACUGGUUACGUGCCGGAACAGUACGAUGGAGACAAUUCAUGGGCAGCCAGGAUGCUUAUCGAAAGGUCACGAGCCAUCAAAUGUCCUUGGAUCGGCUACCAGCUGGCGGGAACGAAGAAGAUUCAACAACUGCUGACGAAUGCGGACAUUUUGAGACGCUUCGUCAGUGACGACCGUAUGGCCUCGAAGAUACAAAGUACGUUUGCAAACAUGUAUGGUCUGGAAGCAGAAAGCGCCGAUAUUCAGACAGUCAUCGAUAUGGUGCUGUACAAUCCUGGCGCUUUCGUGAUGAAGCCUCAGUUGGAAGGUGGAGGUAACAAUUUAUUCGAUGAAGACAUUGUUAAUGUGCUGAAAACCGCCUCUCCUGAAUCAUUGCAACGAUUUAUCAUCAUGGAUCGAGUAUUUCCGUUGGAGCAUCGCAACAUUAUUGUGCGCUCUGAAACGGGCGAGAUUGUCCCCCGUCGAGUGGUGAGUGAACUGGGUAUUUUCGGUUGCAUGAUCGGCGACGAUAAAAAUAUUCUGUGGCAACUGAAUAAGGGCCAUCUACUGCGGACUAAGUUGUUUGAGACCAACGAAGGGGGCGUCAUUGUCGGAGCAUCUGCCCUAGAUAGUCCGUACCUUUCUUAA